UGUGAGUAAUGGCUGCUCUGUUGUCACUUGUCAGGCUACGAGCAGAUGUACUACUACCGAGAGUUCCACCGUCACUCUCUCCCCCACUCAGGACAAGGGUUUUAUUUAGGUUUUGAGGAGCGUUUUGCGUAUAGCUAAGAAAUGUAUAGCUGUUACACAAACAAAUUGCUUCAAAUUCAAAGAAGUUUCACGAUAAUUUCGCCAUCCAAUCAUCAUCAUCAUCAUCAUCAUCAUCAUCAUCAUCAUCAUCAUCGUAGCCUCUUCAACUUCACCACUUCAAAAUCUCAUUAUAAAAAUCACAAUCUUUCAUUCAAUUGCAAGUUCCCUCUAAAAAUCUCACAACAAGAAGUACUCUGCCCCCGUCACUAUUAUCAUCAUCGCCUGUUUCAAGCGCCACAAGGACACCAAUCCAACACCAGAACAGGCCAACCCAUCAUUCAGAUUCAGGAAAGAGGAGAGAUAUUCCUUUUUUACAGGCCCAAAAUUAACAAAGAAGUUCACAGUGCUGAUGACGUUGAACGGUUGUAUGUUGUUCUCCGGCCCAGAGCCGGAGAAAGGCCAGUUGAAAUAAAACAGGACCCAGAAUCCGGGAAGGAAGGUGCCAAAAAGAAAUUGGCUGGAAGUGAAAGCAGUGCCGGCUCUGGCAAGAAUGGAAGUGAAGGCGGACACGGUAGUCAGGAAGUAAAUAUCAAGAAGCAACCCUUGUUCCGGUUUAUUGUUAUGGGGCGAAAAAGCUUUUCACGUCCAAGCAAGAAAAGCCGCACUUACUGGGGUUUUGUGGAGAUGGUUACAACAAAAAUUAAAGAUGUGAAGGCUGCUCUUAAAGGAGAGGAAUAUGAUACUUCAACAAAAGGACAUCAACACAAACCUCCUGCCAGAGCUAUAGGAGAAGGCGUUUAUGGCAUCCUGAGGCAUACACACAAGAAAAUGCACUCCCAUUUAAUUUACAAGCUCGAAAUCCCACCAGAAAAGGAGGAGAAUGAGCUUCAGGACUCGCAUAACAUUGAACGCGAAGGCUCAUUUGUGAUACAAAUAAAGAAUCCAGAUCAACCUGGCAGUUCCCAGUUCAGAGGACUUCAAAACAAGCGCAAGGCCCUUUUUCCUGCCCAUCUACAAGCCCAGUUUGGGCAACGACGUUACUGUCCAGCUGAUCCACCAGACUUUCUGAACUACGAAGGAUGUGAAUUCUUGCUCAUAGCGGCUUCCAUAUCGUCUUCAGAUGACAUAGAACAAGAGUAGUGAAGGUGAAUAGCACUUGGGUUUCAACAUAAUCAUCCAAAGGUAAUGCAGUUGGCGUGUCUCAUCAUGUAUAUAUGUAGCUUUGAAUGUAUUAUACCAUGUAGAUAUGUAUGUAAUGUGUGUUGUUGAUAUGUAUUAAGGUGUUGGUGAACUGAUCUCUAUGAGCAGUUUCAGCCAUUCUGGAAUGUGUGAAUGUUUUUUGGGGAAGUGAUUGUAUAAAUGUUAGAAAAGGCACAUGGUAUCAAUUUGAACAAAAGAAUCAUGAGAACCUUCUGUCCAAGCUUAAGUAAAUGUGGUGUCUUUGGUUGUUAAUGAGGAGCCUAUGGUGCUUUACUGA